AUGACCUCUUCCCUCGCCGCUCAGCUGGCCAACGUGCGCUCGCACAAUGCUGAGCGACUCACCUCAUCAGCAUCGCUCGUCAAACACACCUCGUAUCUCUUCCCGCCUAAGACAGCAGCGCAGCAGGACCUCUUCACCGUUCACGCCCUCGGCGCCAGCGGAUGGACCGAGCUUUCAUCCGAAGAUGCCUCGUUGCAAAGGUGGUCUCGCUCUUCGCUGCUCUUCGGCGAUGAGAGCCGCAACAUGGACCGCAUGAUGCUGCCAAAGGAGGAUAACGACGCUGUCGACAGAGCUGUCAAGGAAUUUCUCCACCUUGCUUCUCCCUUCCUCCUCUCCAAGGGUGCGUCCAAGUGCCUCGAAUGGCUCGUUCGACGUUUCCGCAUCCACGAGUUCAGCGUUGAGGACGUUCUUGCUGCAUUCUUGCCCUACCACGACACUCAGCAAUUUGCACGCAUGCUCUCCAUCUGCAAGCUCGACGGCAAACCACACCUGCAAUUUCUGCUCUCCGUCAAGAAGACCGCCAGUCCUCUCCCCGCUGGCGUCUUGCACGCGGCUCUCCUUGCACCUGCCACAACCACCGCCAGUCUGGACCUCCUCCGAUGGAUCUCUUCCCUUCUCGCCAAUGACGUUUCGACUCAACUUCAAGUGGCCCCACACCGUGCCCUUGUCAACUUCUGGACUUCGACUUUGGUUCAGAUCUGCGCCGCCCGCUCCCAGCUAGACGACAACCAACAAGUUGCCGGUCUCUCCAAGUCCACCAGCAACUCGAAGAAGUCAGCCAAGACCCGCGCAGCAGAUGCGCAGGCGAUCCUCACCGUGUUGCUUCCCUCCGCUGUGAGAGUGGCUGGUACCGCCUCGCUCGGCCAGGACGCGCAGAUGGGAGGCUUCAUGCUGCUCUGCACCAUCGCACAGUCGUUUCCGCUGAGCAAGGAGGCCGUUCAGGGCAUCUUCACCAGCUUGGCCAAGCUUCUGUCCUCGUCGCACGUUACGCCUGCUGUUCAACGCGCCCUGAUCGCCUGCGCUUUGGCUCUCUGCGCCAGCUCUAGUGUUGUCUCUGACCCAUUGACGCCGCAGUCCACCUCCGCCGAACGACUCAUUCCCGACAGCUUGGCAGCCCUUCUCGUGUCGUCGGCGGACACUGCCAGCUCAAUCGCAUCGCUCGCAAAGUCGUACGACGCCCGAGCCUUCCUUGCCCACUUCAUCGCCGCGCUGACGGCUCGUAUCUCGCAUAAUGCCUCGGUCGAGCUCCUCAGCACACUGUUGCGAGGCCAAAUCGUGCAGGAUGCGCUUUGCGUGCAGGUCAGCGAGCUGCUCCUUCGCCUUCGUCUUGGUGCGCCUGUUGGAUCUUCGCAAGCACCCGAGACUGCUUUUGAGGCUCACAUUGCCAAUGAUUCGGUCGAGGAAGCACACAAGAACCGACUCCGCGUCGUGCAGAGUGUCCGCAGCCGCCGACCGCAAGUCUUUGAUUCUGCCCUACGCAACUGCACUCGCAAGGAUCAAUCGGAAGCCCAGAUCGCCGCCAUUUGGCAGACCGUCCAGGCAGUGCUGGCGAUUGAGUCUGGCGCGUCUCUCGAUGAAGUCUCGAGUGGCAACCUCGAUGGACAAGGCCAGGCUGAUGUCCUUUGGCUGUCGAUCCACUCUGCCGAUGCAUCGCAGCGCGCGCUUGCGCUCAAGCAGCUCCACAAGGACAUCAAAGAGGGACGCGCUUCGCCACAGGACGCCAUGGUUCGAGAGGCUCUUCACGCACGCAUGCAAGACUCCUCGGUUGAUGUUCUUCGGGUGCUUUACUCGCAGCCGAAUGCGCUGCUCGACGCUUUCGACGAGGAUACCCUCCUCACAAUGAUUGCAGAGGCACUCGACGAAGACAGCAUUCCGGUCGAACGCUUCGAGCAACAUCUCUCCUUCCUCCUGAAGUCGUUCUUGAAGAGGCACUCCGAGGCGAAGGACAACGUUGCUCGACGAGCUGUGUGGCCUUUCUUGCUUCACAGCCCUUCUCGCACCACCAUCGCAAGCUCGGCGAUCAAGCUGAUCUCUCAAAGCGGCAGCUCCGAUGGCGUGCUCCCUUCGGUAGCCACUGCUGCCAGCAAAUCGGACGAUGCCCCUCACACCAACGACGCUGUGGCUCAGGCAGUAGCGACCCAUCUGGCCUCCAUCUCAGCAGCUGACCGAAAGCCGUGGCUCGAAUUCUUGACUGCUGCUGCUAGACCAGCACAGGGCUCAGCCACGGCCAACGCUGCCGCCUCUCGGGACCUGGCUCUUGUGUCUCUGCUCCACCUCGCCAACACACUCGGUGGUGCUGAUCUCGUCUCGCUCGCCGACACAACGCUGCAAGCUGUCGUGCUGCCUACACUCCCUGCGUUGGGCGCACCUACUGCAGACCAAAGUAAGAGGCUGACCAGCUCGGACCUCAAGGACACUCUCUCGUCCUCGCAGCACGUUCAUCAGCUUCAGACGCUCUACGAAGCAGCUGCCACGGAGCAAAGCGUGGGCCUGCUGGUGUCGUAUCUCCUCAUCCAGCUCGUUCGUCGCGUCGAUGUUCCUGCCUUCGACUCUUUCCUUACGUCGCAGAUGUCGCAGGAGGUACAGCACGCAAAGGCUUUGCUGGGAAGUCUGUAUUCCGUCAUCAACACUUCGCCGCUUCCAGCUUCGCUCUCCAAGCUUUUGUUGCAGGUCAUGCUCGUCAAGAUUGGCGACUCGACCCUACCCUUCUUGGCUUCGAUCUGGACCAACACGUUGGGCGCCAACACCGCUGCUGUGCGAUUGGCUGCUCUGCGUCACGCCGGAGCCUUCUUGCAAGCUCAAGUCGGCUCGCAGCAAGAGCUCAAGGACUACCAGGUCGUCGUCCCUCUUCUGCUCGUCGCCCUCGCCGACGCUGAGGCUUCCAUCCGACUGGCCGCCAUGUCUUGUCUGGAGCACAUUCUGGCGAUCUGCAAGAGCGCCGGUGAGCAAGCCAAGGGGUCUAAGAAGAAGGGCAAGGAGCUCGACAUCUUCGGGUACGAGUCCUUCUACGGCGCCACCACCUCGGAUGCCAUGCAGUACAUCGAGCUUGCCUCCCUCCUUUACUACCUCGACCAGCUCGUGGAACGCAAGUCUGGGUUUCGCAACGAUGCCGCGCUGCUUCCUCAGCUACACGGCGAGCUUCUGCAGAUCGGCCGCCAGGACGGCCGCAAGGAAGUGGGUCACAAGCACGCCAUGGUCUGCUUCCUUGUUUCGCACAUUCUCUGCAUCGAUUCGCUUCCAGCCCGACUGGUAUUGUUGCAGUCGCUGGCCACAGUGAGCGACGCAGCCAAGCUCGAGAUGCUGCUCCCGCUCAUCCGAGAGGUUGUUGAAGGGAACGUUGCUGCAGCCACCAAGGGUCUCCGCGCCGCCGACGAGCGCGAGCAGUACCUCGAGCUGCUGUUCGCUUCGUACGAUCGAAGCUGCCGCGCUGUCGUCGAGGAAGCCUCGACGGGAGCCUGGUCGCUCUACCUCACCGCUGUCGAGGGCAAGGACGGCAAGCGACUCAUCCAGAAAGCCGCCGUUCGCGCGCUCGACAAAGCGGGUCUGUUCAAUGCACUGUCCCCGAUCAUGCGAAAGGACGUGUACCUGCACCUGGCCAGUAUUGUCGCCGACCCAUCGCUGCCUGCCUCACCCGAGGUGGCGUCUGCGCUGCGCGAGCUCGAUGUCGACUCUCCGAUCCUGAUCGCCGUCCUGUCCGACCUACGCGAGGCGAUCACGUCCAAGGCGCUCAGCGGCCCUGAAGCCAAACGCGCGCGCACAUCGUUGGGGUCCGACGAGACGAUGAAGCGCACCUGCGCCAUUCUCGUCGCCGUGCUCGAGUCGGCUGUCGGGAGCAGGCUUCUCUGCUCCGGCGCGCUCCUCUACGAACUCUUCGAGGUGCUCCGUGUGGCCGUCGACCUGCACUCCGGCCUGCUGGCCACGAACGCCGAACAGAUGAUGCAGCUCGCCAUGUCGUGCAUCGAGAAGCUGAUCACCGUCCUGCCCAAGUCGGCCGCCGCCAUCCCCGCCGACGUCGCGCAAGCCCUCCGCGCAGACACCAUCGUCAGCGCCAUCAAGGCGUCCACCAACCCGCAGACCUUCCAGCACGCACUGCUGCUGCUCUCCAAGAUCGCCAUCAUUGCCCCCGAGGCUGUGCUGCACAACGUCAUGCCCAUCUUUACCUUCGUCGGCUCGACGGUGCUGCAGCGCGACGACGCGUUCAGUUUCUCGGUGGUCGAGCGGGUGCUGCACAGCAUCGUGCCUGCGCUGGUCGGCUCGCUCAAGUCGUCCGAAGCUGCAAGGGAGAGCAAGUUCGCGCUUCUCUGCGAAGCGAGGGCGUUUGUGCGCAUCUUUACCGACGCCGCUGCGCACGUGCCGCGUCAUCGCCGACAGACCUUCUUCCGCCUGCUGGUGGAUAUUUUGGGUGCGGACGACUUUGCUGCUGCCGUGGCGAUGCUUUUGGUCGACCGAUCGGCGCAUAAGAUCGUCAAGCAGCCCAAGAGCGAUGCUGAGCAGACGCUGCAGCUUCCCCUUGCGGUCGUGUCGCCCCACAGCGCGAUGGUGCAGGUGCGCGUGAUUCACCAGGUGUGGGAGGAGGUGCUGCGGAUCUGGGCCCAUCGCGACGAGACCGAGGCGCUUGGCGAGGUCGUAUUCCUCGACAGGGCGGGCAGGCUGGACAAGGAGCACGUGGAUCACGAGUCGGAGCCCAUGCGACAGGUUCAGGCGCUCAUCAUGUUUAUUCGCCAGAUCCUCGGGUCGAAGGCGUUUGCGGAGCAGAUCGAGGAUGUGCCCGCGAGUCAGGUCGGGCCCGAGCUCGAGACGUUCAUCCGACUCGCAUUGGAGACCGUGGCCAAGACGAGGUCCACGCAGCCCGCGUUUGCCAGCCUUGCGCUGGAGGUCCUCGACCGGGCGAUGCCGUUUGCGCCCGUCGACAAUGUCCUGGCUGUGGUGUCGAGCAUGGUGGAGGGCAAGGAUGUGCCUGGCAGGACGAGCGGUUUCUCGCUGUUCGCCAGUCGCGUCGCUGCCAUGUCAGCCACAUCGGCCGACCGCGCCACUGUCGCCGCGUACACGCCGACCAUCGUCAAAGCCGCCAUCGACGUCGUCCAGACUUCUCUCGCCACCUCGCACAGCAGCAACGACGCCGAGCUGCUCCGACAAGCAGCCCUGGACGCUCUCAAGACGCUCUCCUCUUCCGCGCAGCCCGCAGAGCAUGGUCCGCUGGCAUCAACGCUCCCCGUGCUGGUCAAGCUGGGCAAGGCCGGCGUCGACCGUGCCGUGCCCUCCGCGGCGCGCAUCAGCGUCUUCUCGAUCACCCGCCGGCUCGCGACCAAGUUGGGUCCGCGACUCAUUCCGCAUAUUGCGAGCUUGGUGCCGUUCUGCCUGUCCAUCGUUACGCGAAGUGCCUCUGCUUCCACCGAUUUCUCCGAUGACGAGGAGGAGACAGCGGGCAAGAAAGGCGCCAGUUCGAACAUCGCCUCGCUCCGCACGGGUGCGCUGGACACUCUCACGGGCCUCUUUGGCUCCGUAUCCACCUUCAUGACUGCGUACAUCCCUGCGGUGAUCCGCAUGUCGAUCUCACCCGAGCUUAAAGAGGCCAUGUCGAGCGCCUCCGGUUCGUCCACGGCGAGCGAGCGCUCGCUCAACCUGCUGCUCUCGACGCUCAUCCGCAAGGUCGAUGCGAAGGAGCUGUUCGAGGCGGUGUUCAAGGUGUGGGAUGGGGAGCUUUCGCUCGACUCGGAGGGUAAGACCGAGCGACUGGUGGGCAUCUCCGACUUCCUCGGCCGGGCGCUUCGUCAGAGUGACCGAGAAGCGAUCAGCGCGACGUACAAGCUGGUAUACCGCUUCCUGCUGCGUGCGCUCGAUCUGCGACGCACCGACUCCACCCUGUCGAAGACCGCAAUCGGUCGAAUCGAGUCGAGUCUGGUUGGCGGACCGUUCAUUCGAAUGGUGCUCAAGCUCAACGAGGCAUCUUUCCGACCGCUGUUCAUGCGCAUGUUCGACUGGGCCGUGCUGGAUCUCGUCGAUGACGACACGUCGGAUGUCGAAGGCACGGUAGCACGCCAGGUCGUGCUGUUCAAGACGUUCAACGCCUUAUCCGAGACGCUGAGGGGGUUGGUGUCGAGCUACUAUGCCGUGCUGCUGGAUCAGGUGUUGGAGCUGCUGCGUGGGUGGAGUCAGGGAGGAAGGGUGGAGAGGGAGUUGUGGGAUGAGGUGGUGCGAUCGCUGGUGUUGGCGGCGAAGCACGACGAAGGGGUGUUCUGGACCCCGACCAGGGUGGGCAAGGUCAUACCUGCCGUGCUCGACCAGACAGUACUGCUGCCGAAGGUCGUGCAGCCGACCGAAUUCGUCGCCAGUGUCGGUGGCGUGGUCGUCGGACUGUUGAAAAACGUCAACGACGAAUCGACGCUCAAGAGUGUCAACGCCAAGCUGCUCUCCAAGGCCUCGGCGACAAGGGCGACCAACACCCCCAUCGUCCGGGCGACAGCUACACAGUUGUUGACCAACAUGUGGGCCGCCCAGAAGGAUCACCUCCUCGGACUUGUGCCCGAGACCAUCGCCCAGUUGAGCGAGCUCUUGGAGGACGACGAUGAAGUGCUGGUCGGGUACGCGAACGAGUUCAGGACCGAGAUCGAGGGUGCACUGGGGGAGAGCUUGGAGUCGUACCUCACCUAG